AUGGCUCAACCCUCCGAUGCCUGCAUUAUUUCUAAAUACAAUGUGCACGACACCAUAGCAGAUGUGAAUCGUCAUCUUGCAAAGGCCGAUGGGUCCGGAGAAGAUGAGGUGCAGAAGGCGUGGAUCAGUGAGCUGUCCCGCCUAGUGAGAAUUCUGGAGGAUCGCUUCCAGGUCCUCACCACCUUCGGGGAGUCGGAUUUUCAUCCGAGGGAGGUCAACGAGAUACACGCGACCUUCGUCGAUGUCGUCUUGUAUGCGCGCUUGCAAUCAUUCGCCAGUCUGCAUCUUCCGGACCCAUCCCAAGAGGAGGUUGAUGCUGCGAUGACCCGGCUGGCACUGGGCCAGGACUUCUUCACUGCACUCGAACGUCGCGCAGCCCAGCCUGCAUUGAUUCACAAUCCCGGAUGCGAGGCAUGCCAGGAAGCCGAGGCGACUGCUCUCCUCAACAAGCUUCGUGGCACUCCUGCCCCUGCUGGUGGUGCUGACGACCUCAUCGUUCAUGUCAACGGCUUCAAGACUGCACUCUAUUUCAUCCGAGAAAGGCAGGGUUGGGUCGCCGUGGAUGUUAUCACUGUCGUGAAUGCACUGCGUCAGGCUGGAGUGAUGAUCCUGACUUUGGGUGUGGAGGAACACGACUCCGAUGUGGAUAGCGUGCCCGGGGGUGAAGCUGAAGAUGAUGACGGGGACGCGGAGGUCUGA